GCAACCUUUGCGUUCCGUGACAAAUGAGUGAACUCGAACCUUCAUACCUUUCCAAUACACCUCCCAAGCCAAACGUUGAUAAGUCUUGAGGUUCCCUUGGUGGCCGCCAAUUGGACUGUUAUGAAACUCAGUUAAUAAUAGAGGGAUGGUUGGAGAUGAUGCCGGGAUAAUCGAACGGGCUUUAUAGCAAAGGUCUCCACGUAAGGAAUAGCCAGCAACACCCCCUUGCCCUGCCUAUAGAGUUUUCCAUAUUUCAUUCAAUUCCUCUUCUUCUUCCACCUGUUUUUUAAACCCAGCAACAUUGAGAUCACCCACUAUACUUAGCAGACCCAACUCCAUGGCUGUUGGUAACCGAGACGGAGCGUCGGAGGCCGAGUUUUCCAAGCCUUUUUUAUAUUCUAUCCCAAACUCAUAGCCCAUUAACUUGGCGAUCCAGUGCUGAUAUUCCCUUGCUCUUAUCCGUUGUUUGAGCAAAAACUUCGAACUUUUCUGAUUGGUGCCAACAAUAAACCUCCUACCAAUAAAUAUGGUCACCAGUUUUGAAUAGCAAACACAAUAGUCAUCAGUUCACGCUCAUACACCGCCUUGAACCUGUUGGUUGGCUGAAAAACGUGAGUGGCCGUUUAUUCUGCAUGAGUACAGUCCCCAACCUGACUUCAGAUGCAUUUGUCUCGACCACAAAGGGCUUCUUGAAAUUAGAUUGGAGCGUACAAGCAACUGUUAGUUGGAUCCUUUCUGAAUACUUCGGAAGGAAAAACAUAUCCAUUGUUGCUGAAGAGGAUGUACAAACUCUUUCUACACCAGAUUCGAGAAGUCUGUUGUCAGCUGUGGUAAAAACUGUAAAUGAGUGCUUGGCUGAAGCACCAAAGUACGGUCUUCAAAGUCCAGCCAGAGAACUUGGAACUAGUGAAAUUCUUGAGGCUAUAAGCCGGUGUAAUUCAACUGGUGGCCCCACAGGAAGACAUUGGGUGCUUGACCCUGUUGAUGGAACGUUAGGUUUUGUUCGUGGGGAUCAAUAUGCUGUUGCUUUGGCUUUGAUUGAAAAUGGUGAAGUAAUUCUUGGAGUUCUUGGUUGUCCCAAUUAUCCGUUGAAGAAGGAAUGUUUUCACUACCACUAUAAGGUAUCGACGCCAAAGUUAUUAUUACAACCGUGUUCUGAUACCUUGGAAAAAGGUUGCGUCAUUUAUGCAAAGAAAAGCUGCAAUGGGGCGUGGAUGCAGCCAUUAGUUCAUGGCGAUAAGAAGCUUGAGUGGCCAAAUUCAGCUAGCCUUAUUCAGGUUUCUUCAAUUGAUGAUCCAGCACAUGCAAUUUUCUGUGAACCUGUGGAGAAGCGGAACUCAAACCACUCAUUCACUGCAGGGCUGGCUCAUAGUGUAGGGCUUAGGAAGCAGCCGUUGCGAGUCUAUAGUAUGGUAAAGUAUGCCGCAAUUGCUCGUGGCGAUGCUGAGAUAUUUAUGAAGUUUGCAAGGACCGGAUACCGAGAGAAGAUAUGGGACCAUGCUGCUGGUGUUAUCAUUGUAGAAGCAGCGGGAGGUGUGGUAACAGAUGCUGGAGGUCGUCCCUUGGAUUUCUCAAAGGGUGUGUACUUAGAAGGUCUCGAUCGAGGAAUAAUUGUUUGUUCAGGGCCAAUCUUACAUGAGAAAAUCAUUGGAGCAGUCUAUGCCAGUUGGGAUUCUUCCAAUCUAUAAAAUAUUUUGCCAAUACAUGAUUGCGUUCACUGACUAGUGUUCGUGAGCAAAAGGGUCAUCGUAGCCAUUAGGUACUUAUUUAUACCAAAUUUGAUACUUCUUAUUACAAUCUUAAUCUCAUGGAGCCAUCUAAAUAAACUUUGUUCAUAUCUUCUGAUUUGGUGGCUGCAAUUUGAUCAAAUUUUCUUGGCAUUUGUUCUACUAUAUUACUUUAAAGUAGAACAGAUCUGAUUUGAUCUAGCCAUAUAUGCUCUUUUGUUUACUUGAAUUAAUACAGAAAGAAACAAAGCGGAAUGGUUUGGAAAUGCAUCA